AUGUCUCGCCCCAAUUACAGAAGCGAGAGAUACCUCGAAGAAACAAUCACAUACAAGGAUCAAUCGACCGGAGAGCGAAAGCGAGAAACCAGAGUGCGACGACUCCAACCAUGGGAACAAGAGUCGGCCUACUCCGACGGCCACGCGGGCGCGGCUUGGAUGAGGAGUCUGCGUGGUGAAGACGCACAAAACGAGACUUCUUCAGCAUUGGUACCCCGGAAAAGUGAAGACCAGCAGCUGGCUACACCAGACCAGCAAGACCCUGACAACGAUGUCGCAUCUUAUCGCCGAAGACGAGUAGAGAAGAGCCGAUACCGCGACCAUCGCAGCGCUCCGUCCGACAGCGGUAGUCGUCCCAGGAGAAGAGAGCAGCAACAGCAACAACAAGAGCGCCAGUCACAGUCACAAUCGCGGCGGAAACGAGACGAAGACAAACCACCCCAACGAGGCCAGAACUCCAAUCGAUCCGCGCAAGACUCCAAGAACCAGGACAAAAACACCAAGAACCAGGACAAAGGCAACUUCCUCUCCCGCAACUUCGACUCCAGCUUCGACGGCCUCCUCUCCGCCGCCGCCGGCGCAGGCAUCGGCGCAAUCGGAGGUCGCGCCUUUGCCGAACGAACAGACGAAGGCCGCAAGAAGUACUCCACCGUCACGGGCGCCGUCGCCGGCGCUCUCGCGGCGAAUUUCGCCGAGAAUAAGGCGGCCGAGUGGAUGCGGGAGAAGCAACAAGACGCGGAAGAGGGCAAGGACGUGAAUGGGAGGAGAACGGCGUUGGAGGAUUGUGUCGAGGCUGCUCAGGUGGUGCAGGUGUGA